AUGACGCCCGAGGCCGUCUUCGAGAAGUUCGACACGGACAACAGCGGGCGCAUCAACCUCGAGGAGUUCAAGAUCAUGCUCGGCAAGCUCAAGAUCAACAUGUCGUCCGCGAAGGCGCUCAAGUACUUCAAGAUGUGCGACGCGGACGACAGCGGCGAGAUCGACUUCGACGAGUUCAAGGUGGCGCUCUUCGCCUGCGACCCCAACGGGGGGAACCCCAUCGGCUUCAGCCCCAACGCCCUCCUCAUGCCCCAGGACGCCUUUGAGAUGUUCGACGAGGACGGCACGGGCACGAUCAACGAAGACGAGUUCUUCUUCGUGCUCGAGUACCUCAAGCUGGACGUGUCGGACCAGAAGCAGGAGCAGAUGUUCCUGAAAUACGACAAGGACGGCAGCGGCGAGAUCGACUACGCCGAGUUCCGCCAGAUCUGGCUC